AUGGAGACGACGAUGACGACGACGACACCUGACCUUUCCGCGCGGCGGCGCCGGCGCUCACGGAGCGUAAGCCCCGGCCGAAGCAAGCGCAUCAAGUCCCGCAGCAGGGAUCGCAGGGGCCGAGACGUGGCGCCCCCCCACGGCGGUGGCAGGGAGGUGGAGAGGUUCGUUGACCCGGCGCCGGCGAGGCAGCGCGAGAGAGGCGGGAGGGGCAGCAGGGACGACGGCCGGCGCGUCAAUCGCAGCCGUGAGAGGGCCAUGGAAGGCCGCCACGGGGGCGCAAACACCCUCGUCAUGUCCGGCGGUGGCAUGCGCGGUGGAGGUGGCGGCGGCGGCGGCGGCGGCGGGGGUCGCGAGAGGGAGGUGCACAUCCGCGACGUGCACCCUAUGGGUAACGAAUACCGCGGAGGCGGAGGCAUGAUGCCGCCAGGGAGGGGCAUUCCGACCAGCCACCACAUACCUUCGCCCUACCCGAACGAGGGCGGCGGUGGCGGCGGCGGCGGCGGCGGUGGACGCAUGGAGAUGGGCAGGGGAGCCCCCCCCGACUUCCGCGGGGAGUACCAGGGAGGCGGAGGCGUGUCAAUGAACGGGCAUGGCAGGGGAGGGUACCCGCCUGUCCCCGGCGGCGGGCAUCGCGGCCGCAGCGGGGACCGAGAGCGCGACAGGGAAAGGGAGGUGCAAAUCGCCCGUGAGCGGAUCCGGGACCGCGAGAGGGAGAGGGAGAGGGAGAAGGAGAAGGAGAGGGAGCGCAUCCUGAAUCGGGAGAGGGAGGAGAGGGCCAGGAUGAGAGAGAUGAAGGCCAUCGAGGACCGUCGGGCUUCUGAAGCUCAUGCUCUCCGGCGCGAAAGGCUGCGUCAAGAAGAGGCGCUCAAGACCGCCCGCAGUCGCGAUGGCGGCGGCGGCGGCGGCGGCGGCGGUGCAUCCGGGGUCCGCGGGGGGGACCGCGAUCGGGAGCGUGAGCGGGAACGUGAGCGUGAGCGUGAACGGGAACGGGAACGGGAACGGGACCGCGCAGCACCGAGGACUCGUGUUCGGGAAGGCCGGGGAAGGGAUCGCGCCCCCGCCCCGGGCCGUGCCAAUAGGGGCACGUACAUGACCAAGCAAGAGGUCGACGCUCUUUUCCUCAAGGUGCUCAAGACGAUGGGUGAAGACAACACCCGCUUCCCGUGCAUGGCCAGCCUCAUCAACGACCGCAUGAAGACUGAAAGAGACGGUUACAAUGUCGUGAACAGCGAGUACGGCCGGUUCGCGAACGUGCUGGCACGUUUCGAGGCCGAAAAAAUGGUGGGCACCAGCAAGGCCAGGGAGAGCGUUCAGGUAAACUGGACCAAGUUUUCUGCCCCGGGUAGCGGCACCGGCGCUCGCCGCCCUGACGGUCGCCGGGAAACGGAAGACACGCGCGUGAAGAUCCGCACCUCCUACUUGGGCGGUCCGCUUGUGCUGCACUUCUGCACCGCCGAGGACGAGGGCAAGAUGAUGACGACGACGAUGCUGCCGGGAGAGCAGGCAACACCUGCGGCCGGGAGUGGUGCCGCCGAUGGCGGCGGCGGUGAUUCUGCCGGGAACGAUGAUGGCCUCGCUGCCGGCGGGGGGGCGGCGGCCGCCGCCACACCGUACGCCGAGAUCGCCUCCAUUCUACAGGCGCGCGGCGAGGUGCUGAUGGCGUCCCCCCCCCGGGCUAAGGAAUCCAAGGCGGCGGAGGCGACGGAGGCGGCGGAGGCGACGGAGGCGGCGGCGGCGCCAGCGGCGGCGGCGACGCAGCCAAGCGACGAUCCCAUGGACGAGGAUACCAAGAUGACGGACACGGCGACGGGGGCACCCGCCGGCGAGGCUCUGGCGGCCGGAGACGACUCGGUCAACGCGGACGGCGACGCUCCUGCGUCCUAUGAGGACGGUGGCGGCGGCGGCGCCGCUGAGGCCGACCAGAACAGCGGGAAGGACUCGGAAGCGACCGCUGAAGAGGCCAACGGCGUCGAGAACAAGACGGCGGUGGUGACGGAGGAGGCCCAAAACAAGGAAGACGCAGUUGCGAUCAACGGCGAAAGUCGGGGCGAGUCGGGAAGGCCUAAGGAAGACGAAGGGGAAGAGGCAGAUGUGGAAGUGUACAGGCGAGACAUGAGGUGGCUCCGAUCGGCACACGGAAUGGUCGCCGAGGUCUCCACCCCGUCCCUUGGUGUCGGCUACAAGAUCGCCCUAAUGAUCCACCAACGGUGCAAGCCCUGCUUGUGUCUGUUCAACAAGAACAAGGGACGCGGGGAAGGCGACCCUGCCACAGACAAUGUGCUCCCUCACAUGCUCACGGGAGACAAGAACCUCGACAUCCACGAGUACAGCGACGUCUCGGAGAUCGACGCCAUCGUGACUGGCUGGAUCGAGAAACAGUUCCCGAACAAGGGCCCCAACUCUCGACGGACUCGCGGUGGCCGCGGUGAUAGCAGGGACCGUUCCGGCCGGAAGAGGGCGAACGAGGAAGGUAGGGGCGGUGGGCGCGACAAGGGCGGACGCGGCGGCGAGAAGGACCCCGAAAAAGGUGCCAGCAGUCGCCGCCGAAGCAGCAGCAACAACGACGACGACGAAGACAACAACGACCGCCAGUCCGUGACCGAAGGAGUCGGCGGUGACGGAGACGUCGGCAGCGGCGAACGCACGGAAAGCGUCAUCAGUGACGACGAAGGCAACAACGACGAGCACGAGGAGGUGGAAGACGCGACCGGCGUCUACGCUGCCGGCGCCGCCACCGCCGGCAGCGACGCUGGCGGAGACGGUAUUGGCAACGGUGCCGUGGGCGAGGAUGACGGAGACCUAGUCAGCAACGACGGCAGCGUGCAGUAAGGGAAACCAGCGUUUGGGCGGGGCGGGACAUACACCUCUGUAUUCAUCAGGCCCGCAGAGGUUGAAUUGGGUAGUCACACCUGCCGUCUGGCGUGCAGCUUCUCCAUGGAGCACCUCAGCAGCACAUUGUAGUGGGGCCAAUCAGACAAUACUGUGGUCGCGCUUACUUGAAGUAUCCUGCAACCUUCUGGCGCACGCAGACUACGACAAUUUGGAUUGAUUUCGGAUAUACGUUGUGUUGAGCUUUUCGUGUGUGCACUGUCCUCAAGGACGACAAAAGUGAUUCAUUUCUGUUUUUGAUGGCUAGGGUCCUCUAGUACCCCCGCCGUGACGAUCCUCUCGUACCCCCCCCGUGACGGCGCAAUCGUGCCCAUGCCCAUGAAAAUAUUCCGUCGUGAAUGCAAAUGUGCUUUAUUCGCGAGGGGCGCGCCUAGUGGGAUGGCGUGAGUCGGCAUUUUUAGGUGGGCGGGGGGUGCUUUUUCUCAGGGUGAAAAGUAUAGGUGGUGUAUCGCUGAUUUUUUUUUCGUUGCCGCUGCCCCUUGAAGGCACACCAUGCGGAAUUUCGACGAACAAGAUCUCUAUUCAGUGGACUGGGGGGGGCGUGGCGUACAACGGUAUUUUAUUUUUGCUUUUACAAUCACCUUUGGUUUCGAGGCCUAGACUCGGCCGCGUUGAAUGUACACACGACGGAAUACUUCACACAAUACGUCGUGUCCGAACCAGGACUCUGACUAAGAACUGUAGUCUCGGGUUGC